AUGAGUUUGGACAAUUGGGCAUGGGAAUUGUCAGCAGCCCUGCUAUGUAUCUGCAUUCUCUCUGCAAUUGCCGCCAUUCUAUUUGUAUAUGACAACCGGCCUGUUCCAGAUCUACCAGAUGGGUUGACGAUCAACGCAAUCGUGUCUCUUCUCGCGGGCUUUGCAAAGGCUGCCCUGCUGGCAGUAUUGGCGUCCGCUAUACGUCAAGAGAAGUGGCUUUGGUUCAUUGGAAAACCACGGCCACUCAACACCGUCGACGCUUUCGAAGAGGCCAGCCGCGGCCCGUACGGUUCUGUUCUACUCAUCCUGAGUCGCCGAGGCAGUCUCCGAGCUCUGCUCGCCGCAUCGGUCACCGUCCUGGCUCUGGGCUUUGAACCUUUUCUUCAACAAGUUCUGAACACGGUAGUUCGCGACACCGCUAUUUCCUCCCAACCUGCCUCGAUCCGUACUCCGACUUCAUACAAUGAAUCAGUGAUUGGAAAUCUGGGUGGCUCGGGCUUGUCAUUGAGCGCUUUGAUCGGAGCAUUUGGUGGGGCAGCAGGGGCAAUCCCAAAUCCCAUUUGCCCCAGUGGAAAUUGCACAUGGCCGGCGUACAACACUCUUGCAAUGUGCACUAUGUGUAAAGACAUGACGGACAAGGUCAAACUCGGCGGAGACGUAUACAAGAUCAACUUGACCUCCCAUUUUGAGCAGUUCUCUCAAAGCAAUCGAACGUCGUCCUCCACCACUUGGACGCCAACCUAUUCGUUCCCACACGGCAAUGCCGUUGAUGUCUCCGUAUCCCUUGACCUGUCGUUGGCGAGCGCCGUGCAGUGGUUCGUGAGCUAUCCCCGCCGCGUGGUGUGGCCACUGAAUAUCGACCCUGCGCCCGACAGUCACUGGGGCAAGAGCUGGGACAACAAGUCAUAUGCUGGGAUCGCUUCUCCUCUAUUUGCCAUGGGCUACCUGGAUAUCAACACAACCUCCUCUUUCGACCAGCUGGUGGUCCAAGGUGCCACAGAAUGUGCUUUUACACCGUGUGUGCGGACAAUGGACACGGCCGUUCGCUCCGGCACGACCAUUUCCAACGCAGCAGCCACAGACUACGGCGCCAUCAUCAUCAAUCAGAAUCAACCCGAUGGUCGCAUUCUGACAGGCUGGAACACAGAAGUGAACGGCACCAAUUAUUUCGCCUAUGACGCCGGCAAUGACGACGCUCAGGGUCGGGCAUUCUUGCUUAUCCAAGCCCUCCGGAUCGCCCUCGAGGGAAAUACGACUUACAGUUACGGAGGUUACUGGUACUCAGACCCCGCUCAGCAAGGAGACAUCUUCAAUUUCUCCUCGACCGGCUUCAGCCAAGUCUCUGGGCCUUGGAGCUCUGCGGGUCAGCAGGCAAUCGACGGAAACGGGAAUUUUAGCGACAUCGUUGAUGGCGUCGGGCGAGCACUGACGGGUCGCUUCCAGCAGCUGCAAGACAGCGUCGCCACUGGCACAACUCUCCACAGCGAGGCGGUGAUCGUAGUACGCUGGCAAUGGAUCAGUUAUCCGCUGGCCCUCGUCGUUCUCGGGCUGGCAGGGCUCGUGCUGACGAUUAUCUCCACGCAUCGCAACGGCAUGGCGGUGUGGAAGGAGUCGACACUCCCUCUCCUCUUCCGCUAUACAGCACCGGCGGUCGAACUACGACAACCCCACAGCACUCCUCCCGGCGGACAGGGUCGGCCUAGCACGACCUUCUCAUUUUCAAACACUAUCCCCGGCGCCCCCAAUUCGAACAAGGUCAGUUCGAUCGUGACGCAGGCCUCGGGGGAGCAAGUGCAGCUGCGUCGUCGCGAUUCGUUCUGGGUCCUGGACUCGGAUCCCAGGAGCGGUAGCAGUUACAAGGGACAUUUGGCGCAACAGCCGAUAUGA